AUGCCAAGAUUUCUGAACAGUUUAUUUCGAUAUCACAAAAAAUACAAAUUUGAUACCAGAGACAGUGAUGCUACCAAAAUGCAUAAUACAAUUGCUUGUUUGAAACAAAAAAUCGCUGAUGCGAAUUUGAGGUCUACAAAAAAUCACAAAAUCAUUGAUAGUUUAAGUCAGCGAAUACGCAGUUUAUGUUAUGAGUUGUAUGAAAUGAGGCGUUUGGAAGAACGAAGCAGUAUGAGUAACAUUUCAUCGACAUCUAUUGAUACCGACUGCAUUAUUGAUUUGCAAAAUGACUUACUGAUAACGGAAGAUAAAAUUCAGCAUUUGCAGACUUCAUUAUUGGAGAGCGAGCAGCAGUCCCGUGAGCUACAUGAACAGUUAAUUCUAGCCAAUCGGAAAAUGGAGCAAAGUGAGAAGUAUCGGAUGCAGUUACAAAUUCUUUCAAAUAAGGCCGAAAUGGUUGCUGUAUGCUACCGAAUGAUGGCAAAAGAGAGGAACUGGAUUGAUGGCACUCUUGAAAUGAUGCAGAAUAUUGAAAACACACAUAGGGCUAGUGAGUUUAGAUUAAGUAGUAAGCAGUGUUAUUCUGCAAAUUCUUCUCCAGCUUAA